AAGCAGAACACUAUCGGAGGGGUCGCAGGGAGCUUGGGAGCUCUCCAACACCUGUCUAUGCUGACCGCUCGACAUGUCCAAGUCCGGUAACAUAAUGAAUUUUUUCAAACGCUCACGGAUUCCCCAAGUAGAAAACGUGGAGCAAAACAAUGACCCAAAAAGCCCCGAAACAGCGCAGAAAGACACUGUGCACACGUCUUCCUCCCCGCUUAGCGAUCCGCCCUCGUCACUCUUGUUGAAGAGCUCGCCCUCUCAGUCUUCAGGUUCCGGGCCUGAUUCGCAAUUGAAACGCUCCCUUAUCCGCUCGAUACCCCAGCCUGCAAACGGGGAUGAUACAGGUCAACAAGCUUCUCGGAGCGCAUCGGCCGCUCCCGACUCGUUCAUAAACGGCAGUUUCGACUCUUCACAGCGCAUAGUCAAGAACGGCAGGGAGAUCGUUACAAAUUCGGAUGGAGAGGAUACAGAUUCAAUCGCGUCACUAGAGUCUCCAGAAGACUUCUUCAAUAAGCUCUCAGCGCCUACAGAGCCCAAAGAAGACGCUGAAACUAUGAACAAAGAUGGAACCCGUAACCUGCGGUCGACGCGGGGUCAGCUGAAAAGGAAUACCGUGGAUAAUUUCUUUGCUCAAAAGAUACCGACUCCAAAAUACAAACAUACGCUCGAUACCCUCGUAACUGAUGCGGUGGAUGAUGAUGAGACGGAAGCUGGAGUGGCUAAGAUCAAAUCUGCUUUCGAUAGUUCCAAAAAAGCCAGCAGGGCUAGUGACUCUCUUGCUGCACAUGAUGGAGAUCGAAAUAUGGGCAUUCACGAGGAUGUUUUGGCAUCAGCCGUGGGUGAAGGUGAUGAUAAACCUGGGCUCCAGCGUCUCCUUGACGCUGUUCGGAGAACGGAAGCAUUCGAUCAGGAAAAGAUAUGGUCAUUCUUCGAGAAAGAGAUACCAAUACCGUCGCCUCCAAAGUUCCCACGCGACUCAAUACUACCAGGAACGAGACAAGCGGCAUUACGAGAACCUGAUUCCCGCGAACGGGCGUUUCAUUCCGGCAUCAUCGAGAUGAGUCUUAGUAGAGGACUUCUACCGGACGAGUUAGUGAUUUGGCUACUGAGAUCCGUACCGUCGGAACCACGAGAUGACUUGCGAUAUGCUUAUUCGAGAGCGCUGAAGCUCACUUCUCAGAAGCGGAUCUCGUCCCUGGUACGCCCUGAUGAUAUUGACGACCUUUUUCGGACACUAGGCGCUCGGCCAGCAGCGCUCGCGUUCUCUGAACCAGCUACCCCCGAAGCUCAGCUAUACAACGACUCAUCACGGGACUGGAAGUUUCUCAUAUCUGUGCUGGACCUAUUGCGGGGCGCAGCGGAACUAUUCGCUGAUGACACGCGGGAAAGAAUACUACUUCUCUUAUUCCGGUUAUCUAUUGACUCAUCCGUCACGAAAGACAGUGUUGUCUGCUCUGAGCUCGAAAGAGCAAUCACAGCAUCUCUCGAGGGCCUCCCUAAAGAUAGUGGGGACAGCAUAAUGGACCAUGUCUGCAAAUCACUUUUCCAAACAGUGCAAGAUGCUAUAUUACAGAGCCGUCUGCUGACGCACAUGCUACCCACAUCGUCAUGGAUCGCAUUAUGGCGGUGUCGACUCGCAACGGCAUUUUUACUGCAGGACCCUGCUCCUCUCGACGAACCUCCGGAGGAUGUCCUCAACUUAAGACGAAUCACCGAUGUUCUUCGCGAGAAGCGCUUCGACGUGAAGCUGCACAAAGGCAAGAAUCAAGACUAUGACUACUGGGAACUAGGCGCCAUAACGUCUCUUCUGAACGUCGCCAUUGAUUCUGGGCGGUCUACACCGAAAUUCGCAGACAAGGAGGCAGAAGCAAAAUUCAACGCGGAAGUCGACGCUCUAGCUGACCGUGUCAAGAAGAUAUUCACUUCUAUCGAGGACUCUGGGGCAUCUCACCUCAAGCGGACUGAGACAAAAGAGCGUCUCGAAGCCCUACAUUAUCGGAUUGUAUACUCAGUUCGAUCAAAGCCCCCUCCGAAGAAGUCAUUCUUCGGUUCUUCCGGUCUGGAUGACUGGGGCGGCAUCGGCCGUAGUGGUUCUCUUAUGGAUAGGUUCCUGUCGUCUAAAAAUGACGAAGGAAAGGGAGAGUAAUACCGUUUUUGAAAGCGUGACAUCAGGUCUAGCUGGUUUCAUUUCUAGUCUACGUCUUAGCGAUUAAGCACGCCAUCAUAAGGCGGUUAUUGACAGUGUAAUAUAUAAAUCAUGACGAAUGAUAAUGAUGAAAAAUGUACAGUGAUGAUUGCCCCUCAUAUAUCUGAGAUUCCAAUUGUCAUACGAAAGAGAUCGCUGCAGAAUACACGGGCCUGCUGCUAUAUGGCCACUAGGUAGAGACGCGACAGGGCAACGUCCGACAGGCGGGAAGACGGAAC